AUGACUAAAACAUUUGGUGGGUUCAAGGAGAGGCUGUUGGCUGAUGAUCUGUUUCUUGCUAAGGUCGGCAUUGAGUGCGGUGUUGGUAUCUUCACUAAGGUGAUAGCCAUAAUUGUAGAUUUCAUGCUGACCUCCUCUUGCAAGCAGUGCGCUUGCAUUAUUCGGCAGAAACAAAAACUUAACAUAUUUACUCUGUUUUCCAAAUCCCAUCUGUAUGUUGCUCUUGCUGGGACUUCCCAUUCAUUUUUACAGAGAAUAUGUGCUAUUGUGCGUAAUGGGGCAAAACUGUUUGCUGUUGGCACCACCUCAUCACUGGUUGGCACGGUGGUAACAAAUACAUUGAUAAAUGCCCGGAAGGCUGUAGACAAGUGUUCAGCAGGUGAAGUUGAAAAUGUGCCAAUAGCCAUAUUGUCCACCAGUGUUGCCUAUGGUGUGUAUAUGGCAGUUUCUAGCAACCUCAGGUAUCAAGUACUGGCUGGCGUUAUUGAACAGAGGAUUUUGGAACCUUUAUUACACCAGCACAAGCUAAUGCUUAGCGCAAUUUGUUUCGCUGUUCGAACGGCCAACACAUACUUGGGGUCAUUGUUGUGGGUGGAUUAUGCUCGGUUGAUAGGAAAUCAAAAGGCUUAGGAGGAGCAGAAAGAACUAGCUUGAUGUAUGAAUAUGGGUUUGCACAGCGGCAGGCAGCAGCAGCUUAAAGUUGGGUAUUUCAUUUGAAUUUUGGUGGGAUACCAAAUUUUGAUCUUUGAUCUUUGAAAAUUGAAACCUCAAGAAUUAAUUAGUCGAUAAAGGCAUAAAGCUGCCAUUUUUUAGUGUGUUUUUCUUGUUGAUCAUUUCAAAAUUUGUUUUGUUGGUUU